AUGUAUCUGAAUCGCGCAACUCUCUGCGAUAGAAGUCGCAGGCGGCGCGUUGAUAACUUCAAGCUCAAGGCGCUGAAUGUGCUUAGUUUUGGUGCGGUGACGAAUAAUCUUACUUGCUUGAUUAUUUUGAUGCUGAACCAGGAUGAAGUGGAAGUUAUUGACAUCGUCAUUCAUUUUUCGGACUUGCUUUUCUACCUCGUCAUGGUUGCCUUUAUGAAUUUGAUGAACAGGGAGAAUUGGGAUUCUAGAAUUAAUUAA